AUGGCGAUUAUCAUUAUCAUUGCAUGCCUUAUCGUCUUAGCCAGCGUCUGGAUUGUGAAACAACGAUAUCAGGCCGCAAGGUGGUUGCCCUUGCCGCCUGGACCGCCUGGACAUUGGCUAUUAGGAAAUACGAUGCCGAAGUCAUAUGCACCGUUUCAAUUCGCGAGAUGGACAGAACAAUACGGACCUGUGUUCUCGCUCAAACAAGGCCAUAGGAUUUUCGUGAUUAUAGGACGUCAUCAGGCUGCGAUGGAUAUCAUGGAAAAAGAAGGAGCAAAUCUUGCCGACCGCCCGCGUGCUAUUGCAGCGCAAGAGACAUUAUCUGAUGGGUUGAGAGUGGUCCUUGCGGGCAGUGGUGAGAGAUUGCGCCGGCUGCGCAGGGUCUUGCAUGCAGGCUUGCAACCCAAGGUUGCGGAGACCUACGAGCCCAUCCAGACCAGUCAUGCGAAGAAUCUGGUUCUGGAUAUCUUAAAUGAUCCAAAGAACCACCAAGGUCAUGCCAUGCGUUAUUCAGCUUCUGUGGUCAUGUCCUUCACCUAUGGAAAAAUUACUCCGACUUCAUAUACGGAUCCUGAAAUCGUUGCCGUCAAUCAGUCUCUUGUGCGUUUUGGUCAAGCUAUGAAGCCAGGAGCAUACCUUGUGGAUACGUAUCCAAUCCUGCGUUUCGUCCCAGGGUACUUGAGUCAGUUGAAGGCAUGGCACCAAGAUGAUCUGGCUCUUUUUAACGGGCAGUUGGACGCGGUGCGAAGACAGAUGCGUGAGGGGAUUGCGAGGCCAUCAUUUGCGAAGUUCAUUUUAGAGCACCAGAAACAGUAUCAGUUCGAAGACAAGGAACUGGGAUACAUUGCAGGAGGAAUGUUUGGGGCCGGUUCUGAUACAACUGCGUCCGCAAUCACAAUUACGCUCAUGGCUGCUACCACUCACGCAGAUGAACAGGCUCGUGUACAAGAAGAACUCGAUAAAGUCGUGGGGCGUACGCGGCUGCCGACGUUUGCUGAUCAGGAAAUGCUGCCGCAGGUUACUGCGUUCAUGCUCGAGAGUCUCAGGUGGAGACCUGUUAACCUUGGAGGCUUUGGGCAUCGUGCGACUAAGGACAUAAUUUGGAGAAACUACCUCAUUCCGGCAGGUGCGACUGUUAUUGGCAACCAUUGGGCUAUCGCAAAUGAUCCUGAGGUUUUCCCAGAACCGCACAAGUUUAAUCCUCAGCGUUGGAUCGACGAUGCAGGUCGUGUGCGCGAUGAUCUCAGGUUUUUCGCUUUUGGUUUUGGCCGCCGAGUUUGUCCCGGUCAGCAUGUCGCGAAUCGGUCCCUCUUUAUCACCACGGCUCUUAUUCUCUGGGCUUUUCGCCUUUCUGAGAAUCCUGCAGCGAAGAUUGAUACGUUUGCUUUCUCGGAUACUGCAAACAUAUAUGCUGCUCCGUUCGAGAUAUGUUUGCAGAAGAGGAUCAAUGAGAAUGUGAUCAGGGAACUUACAUACCAUACUACAGUCAACAUUAAUGUCGGCGGCUUCAAACAGCUUCAAACCUAUACGCAAAACACUGUAUUAUCCGCAUUCGACAUGGGCAAACUGAACAUCGCUCAUCAUAAAUCAUACCACCCCUACCGCCGGGAUAACAUCGAACGCGUACGGAGAGAUGAAGAGGAAGCUGCGCAAAAGGAGGCCGAGGCCGAGGGAAGGGUGGUGCUGGCUGAUGCAGAGGCUCGGUUGGACCUCCUCCGAGAGCGUGCAGGACUUGGGAAAGGAAAGGGAAAGAAGAAAGAGGACGAUAUGAAGGUUAUAGAGGAUGCUAAGGCCUCCAUCAUUGCCAGGGAUUCGAAUCAAGGUCAUAUCAAUCUAUUCGAGGAUUUAGAACAGGUUGAUUUGUCCCUGACGCAAGAAACGAUUACUUCAAUACGAGCAACGAAGAAAACCGCACAGCUGGAGACUGAGAAGGGCGUGCCACUGGCUCCCAGUGCUAAGGACCUCAACCCAUGGUACAGCGAGCGCGAUAAGGGAAAGGAACAUCAGGAGGAUGAUAAGAGCAAACGCUUAAGAUUGCGGGAUCUUGCUUCAAAAACUAUGAAUGACCCUCUCACAGCUAUCACGCAUCAGCUUGCAUCGAGCUCUUCGUCGAAUAAUUCUUCCCCUGUCCCUCGGCCGUCGUGGAAUCGUUCCAAAUAUCGCACCCCACCUGAUUCAAAUGAUAAGAUGAAACCGCCUCCCCCACCCUCGGAUGCAACGACCAUGCGCCUUACACGUGAAUCGUCAGAACGCGAACGCGCGCUGGCAUUGAUUCGGCGCAAGCAGCGUGAAAUGAGAGGCAGCGAGACGCCGAGUACUGUGCAUGGUGGCCAGGAUGAAGGGUAUGGGGACGUAUUUAACCGGCGAGAAGUCGAAGAAGCGCAUUCAUAUCGACGAAGGCGGUGGUAA